UUGUGUAUAUAGUUUUUCGAAUAUAAAGUAUAUUUUUUAAAUAUUUAUUAUAAUAUUAAAUUCAAAUGUCUGCGAAGGAGAAGACAAAUAAUGAUUGGAGCGUUGACAAAUAUCGCACCGACUACGAGAGCGAGGAGCAUUGGCAGCUGCGGAAGAAGUUCAUGAUAACCCAUAAAGACAAAUUCGAUGAGGACCGCUUGGUUUGCCUGGCGCAAGUAUUCACGAAUGUCGAAUUUAUGGGCUGCAAAUAUCCAAACGAGGUAAUGUGUUUGGUGGCUGAACUCUCGAAGGAUGUAGCCAAAGAGUUUAGAAAGCAACGCGAAACCAAAAUAAAACGAACUUUCAUAUCUGCCUCGGAUGCCGCAGAGUCGCGUGCCAAAGGAUAUAGAACAGCGCAACGACGUUCGGGUAACGAAAAGGAUGCCAACGUGCCGGGAAGCUCAGGCAGCAACACUAGAACCGCCAGAAGAAACAAGUUGACCUUUGUGGAAUCAGCACCUGAGCAACAAAAUAGGCCUGUCGAUCUAUUUGAAGGUUUGCUCUACAAUGAAUUCAUUCUACUUCUUCAGGGCGGUCGAAAUUGCUUACGUUUUUCUGCACAGCGUGCCAAUAUUCAAUAUAACGAAAAGGAGCUGGGUGUCGAAAAUGGUAACAAGGAGGCACAUAUAUAUAUUGAUGACAAAUUGGUUUCGAAGUGCACAGAUGUUGCAUUGAAAAUGGCAAAGAGAAAUGCUUUUGACGAGGCAUUGAAGAAGCUGCAAAAACAUUGUUACACCAUUCAGGCUAAUCCCGCGCGUGAUGCUAUUAAAAUCAGAAAGGAGAACAAUAAAGUGGUGUGUGAUAUUAUUAAAUCUGAGACUGCGACAUGUACAGACAUGAAAUUAGACCCAACAAACAAAGGCUAUAAAAUUAUGAAAUCAAUGGGUUGGACUGGUGGUGGUCUUGGCUUGAAAACACAAGGACGAGAAGAACCCGUCGAUUAUUUAUUUAAAAAUAAUCGCAUCGGCUUGGGAAGUAACCAUACAAAUUUAAAUCGUCAAGAUGUCACGCAAAUAUUUCAGAAUUACAUUAAUUCAGAUGAUAUACGUGAACUGCAGUUUUCAUCAGAUUUCACUAAAGAUGAGCGCGUCAUUUUGCAUGAAAUUGCUGGAAAGUUUCCUUUGAAAUCCACAAGUUAUGGCAAAGGCGAAGAUCGGCAUCUUAUCAUAAGCAAGAAGAACAUAAGCAGCAAACAGAUACUUGCAGAGAUUUUGAUAAAUUGCAAUGAUAGCUACAUCGAUCAGUAUCUAGUGCAGGUGCCAGAAUCAAAGGGUUACCUCUUUCCCUCACACACUGCCAAAUUAGUUUUGGACUCUUAAUGCACCAACAGAAAAUAAAAAUGUUUCUGUUUUUUGUGGAGGCUCAACUCUGAAAAGGAGUUCACAAGUUGUGAAGUCGCAGUAAUUCUAAAAGAAAAUGUAAAUGUUGCGCUGUUCCUUAUCAUAUUUUAACAAAUUAAUUGUUGACUUAAUUUAAAAUACAAUGUACAAAAUGAUUAUUACGAUUAAUACAUGAGAUAUAUAU